CAAGUACUGGUACAGCUAGGAGCAGCAUGUGUCAGUGACGCAUGCCAUGCCCUUGGCGUUGUGGCUUGGGCCUGCGACACAUGUUGCCUUUCUGACCUUGAGAUCUGCUGCGCAAAGCACGCAUGCAGAGCAGUUCGAGGCACUUGGCAACGAGGUCAGGCUCGGCAACUGGACGCAGCAAAGUCCAUAUGACAACUAUACCCAUGGCCGUGUCAAGGCACGCAGGGCCAUGGCAGCAACGCUUGAUGCAAUUACUGGCACUGUAGAUGAGACAGCGGUGCUCGUUCGGGGUGUGGGAGACACCACUGCUGCCACUCUGGGAGCGACCCUCCGUCUUACUGGAGGUUUGACGCGCGGCUUGGGACAGGCUGUGCAAACGUUUGGGGAGACGCAAGUGGUAAAGAGUGGGCCGCUGGCCGCACCGUCCCGAGUGUUUGCUGGAGUAUACAGAAUUGCAGGGGCUGUGCUUACUGGUGCAGGAAAUGCAACGAUUGGUCUUGGUGGCACUGUUGAGGGCAUCACAUCCGAGGCAGCCAAGGUGGCCGAAGACAGUGUGAAGGUUCUUAGCGAGCCGACCAGAAGCCUUGGUAUGGCAUUGCGGGGCCAAAGCCGGAAGCCACUGCCAAACUCAGCGACUGCGGAAGCAACGCCCAACCAGCCGUCUGCCAGCAGCUACCUGGUCACGAGACCUAGGCAGCGACGAGUGGUUGAGCAAGUGGCACGGCGCUUGUUGCGCGAUGCUUUUGGAAGCCCAAGCGAGCGGACGGUGGCUUUAGCACCUCCCCUGACUUUGGCAUUGUCUGUGGCAUGGAUGCUUGGACGAGCUAGCCGACGCCCUGGUGUCGGAACACCUGGUCCAAUAGCGUCCUAUGCAGACCAUCUCCACUUGGAAUCGCUGAUACCAGAGAAUGGCGAAACUAGCCGACAGGUGUCAGACGAAGCGUCCGUAGCAUCCUCCAGGGGUGCCAAGGUUUGCAAACAAAUGAAACGUUUGAAGCGUUUUCGAUGCCGCCAAUGCCGUCCUGGCAUGUGGCUUCAUUGUGCUGGUCUCGCCAUUGUUCUGACGGUUGUGCUCAGUGUAGAUCAGGAGCAGCAACGCAGAGCCAGGAUCGUUGAGCAGGGCCUAGGAGUCUCUUACAGUGGGAGCAGCGGCGAGGAAAGCGUUCGGUGGCUGAACAUGGUACUUUCGGCUGUUUGGACUCCAUUACAAAAGACAAUCUCUGGACUUGGUGAAGAACUGGCGACCCUGGCCACCUUCACGCUCACGGCUACAGAGCAGGAUGCGCUGAGCAUAGCGUUUGAAAACGUUACUUUUGGACUAAACCCACCAGUGUUUGACGCGGUACGAAUGCCUCGCGAAACAGCUGCGCGAGCACUUUCCAAAGCCUUGCAAGAAGCUCGUGAUCGUCGACCUGGAGGGAGUUUGGAGCCGCAAGUUGUGAUGUUGGAGGCUGACUUCCUCUGGGUAGCCGACCGCUUCUUUGAGGUGAUCGUCAAGGCAAGUGCUCGAUCCUCCGUUCGUAUGAACCUCUUUCCGCAGCUUCGAGUGCGGUUGAGAGAUCUUGUAUUUGGCCCUGUGCCCAUAGCCGUGGCAAUGGAGGCAGCACCACAGGGAUAUCCCUAUGUGGGGCUUGUCGCACUGACCUUCCUCACAGAACCGGCGGUUGACUUCUCCAUCACGCCUGAUAGUAUUCUAGGAGGUGCUGUGUCAGCUUUGCCACUGCUGCGGGAAGCUCUUUCAGCUGGCUUGGUGUCAUCGUUGCCAAAUUUGGGGGAUGAUGACUACCAGGUAUUGGUUUAUGAUCUUGGUGAGUAUUUGGCACCAGGGCUUUUCCCAGUACCUUCACUGGUGGAUACCUCAACAGCUGACAGUUCCAGUCGCUCACAGCGACCUUCCUUUCGAUGGCCCUUCAGGUUGCGUUUCUGGCAGCGCAGGACGAGCAAAACCGAGUUCCAAAAAUGAGCUGUGGCUUUGCAUGGCUUUGCAACUUGGUCGUACCGAGUCGUACCCUUCAGAUCUGAAGAUGCAGAUCAGCGUUGUGCUUGCCAAGCAAGUUGCGCGCUGUGUGUUCUUUGUGGUGCAAUGCAGCACCUCCGGAACAGACGCGGUGAC